GGGCAAAGCCUUCGGAAAUAGAAACAAAGUUGGUUACAAAUCACACUGGCUUUGCCCGAAGGUCGGCCCCCCCCCCACAACCCCUCCCACUCUUCUUUAGCAUGCUGCCCAUGGGGACAGCGACCACUGCUGUCAGCGCGGUAGGUCGGGGUGGUCCGCUGGCGAGGGAGAAGCUGUGAGUCCUACGGUGACCAUGGUACCUGUUGAAAACACAGAGGGCCCCAAACUGCUGAACCAGAAGGGGAGAGAGGCGGAGACCGAAGGCAGCUGUGGAGCCAGCGGCGGCGGGCAUCCUGCUUGCGCGGGAGGUCCCAGCAUGUUCACAGUCCUGACUUCUGUUACCGCAGCCAUCAGCGGCCUCCUGGUGGGUUAUGAACUUGGGCUCAUCUCUGGAGCUCUUUUGCAGAUCAGAAUGCUAUUAGCCCUGACCUGCCAGGAGCAGGAAAUGGUUGUGAGCUCCCUCCUUAUUGGGGCAUUCCUUGCCUCUCUCAGUGGAGGUGUGCUGAUAGACAGGUAUGGAAGAAGGCUCACCAUAAUCCUGUCAUCCUGUCUCCUAGGACUCGGAAGUUUAGUCUUGAUAAUGACUUUGUCCUACACACUUCUUAUCAUGGGGCGUGUUGCUAUAGGGGUUUCCAUCUCCCUGUCUUCCAUUGCCACGUGUGUGUACAUUGCAGAGAUUGCCCCCCAACACAGAAGAGGACUUCUUGUGUCGCUGAACGAGCUGAUGAUUGUCACUGGUAUCCUCUUUGCCUAUAUUUUAAAUUAUGCAUUUGCCAACAUCUCCAAUGGUUGGAAGUAUAUGUUUGGCCUUGUGAUUCCCUUGGGGGUUCUGCAAGCAAUCGCAAUGUACUUUCUUCCCCCAAGUCCUCGUUUCCUGGUGAUGAAGGGACAAGAGGAGGCUGCGGGCAAGGUCCUUGGGAAGCUAAGGGUGAUCUCAGACACCACUGAAGAACUCACUUUGAUCAAAUCUUCCUUGAAAGAUGAGUAUCAGUAUAGGUUUUGGGAUCUCUUUCGGUCCAAGGACAACAUGAGGACCAGAAUCCUGAUAGGCCUGGCACUGGUAUUUUUUGUCCAAACCACUGGCCAGCCAAACAUACUAUUCUAUGCAUCAACUGUCUUGAAGUCUGUUGGCUUCCAGAGCAAUGAGGCAGCUAGCCUUGCCUCCACUGGAGUAGGAGUGGUCAAGGUGGUUAGCACCAUCCCUGCCACCCUCCUUGUGGACCACGUUGGCAGCAAAACCUUCCUCUGCAUUGGCUCCUCUGUGAUGGCUGCUUCCCUAUUGACCAUGGGCAUUGUGAAUCUCAACAUCAACAUGAACUUCACUAACAUCUGCAGAAGCCAUAGUCCUCUUAACCAGUCCCUGGAGGAGCCCGUGUUCUAUGCAACAGGAAACCUGUCGAUCAGCAACAGCAGUCUCAGGGAGCAGAUUAAAAGAAUCACUCCCUACAGCAAGGGCUCAUUUAUGCCCAUGGGGAAUGACAUGGAGUGGAAAGGGGAGAUGACCUUCACAUCUUUACCAAAUGCUGGACUGAGCCAAACUGCACACCAAGGAGUCACAGACCCUGCAGUCGUCCCAGCUGCUUACAAAUGGCUGUCCCUGGCCAGCUUGCUUGUUUAUGUGGCUGCAUUUUCAAUUGGUCUGGGACCCAUGCCUUGGCUGGUGCUCAGUGAGAUCUUUCCUGGUGGAAUUAGAGGCCGCGCCAUGGCCCUGACUUCUAGCAUGAACUGGGGCAUCAACCUUCUCAUCUCCUUGACAUUUCUGACAGUGACUGAUCUUGUUGGCUUGCCAUGGGUGUGCUUCAUAUACACAAUCAUGAGUCUGGCGUCCCUGGUCUUUGUUCUUCUGUUCAUACCUGAGACUAAGGGAUGCUCUUUGGAACAAAUAUCAGUGGAGCUAGCAAAGGCGAACUACGUGAAAAACAACAUUUGUUUUAUGAGUCAUCACCAGGAAGAAUUAGUGCCAACACAGCUUCAAAAAAGAAAGCCCCAAGAGCAGCUCCCAGAGUGUAAGAAGCUGUGUGGAAGGGGACAGUCACAGCAGCCCUCGACAGAGACCUAAGGGGUUCCAUCCAUUGUGGCACAGCAGCAGGACUUACAGGAGUCUCUGCCAUGGUUUCUCCUCACUGUCAUGGAGAAGUUUUACACGGACACCCUGAAUCUAGAAAGACCACAAUUAAUUCCUCUUCCCCAAAACAGACUUUUGCCAAAAGGUACAUGAGGUACCAAAGCCCUGAUGUCAUCAGGUCAAGUAAAACAAUACUGGCAGGUUCAACGCCUUCAACUUUUCCUCUACUUCAGCUCUGAAAAGACUAUGUUCUAGUGAUGAGGCCUGCCUCUGCCUUAGGCUGUCUAAGAUGCCACUCAGCUUGAUACUCUGACGUAGUCGUGUUCUGGUCAGGUACUUACCAUGUUGUGUCUCUGAAGACACUCCUUGCUCCGGGUCUUCUGUCAACACACUGUGAAUGAUUUCACUGCAUCUAUGUUGUAGAUUAGGAUGGUGUCCUGGAUAAGACUUCAGUUGUCACCCAAGUCCACCAGUACAAAGAUUAUGCAGCUUGUAUAUCACACAUGAGACACUAGUCAAUCAAAAUGAUUCUUUUGUAAGUCUUAUGUCAAUUUUAAAAACUCUAAGAUAAAACCAUUUUCCAUCUUU